AUGGGUUGGUUUAACAAGAUAUUCAAAGGCUCUAACCAAAGGCUCCGGGUGGGGAAUGAGCACAAUCACAAUGGUUAUUACGGGAAUUAUCCGAAUGCAUGUUCUUCACAUGAUGAGCCAAGUGCAGAUACGGAUGCUGAUCAUGAUGAUAAUCAUACACAGGAGCCAUCUACAUCUGAGGAUACAUCGAAUGACCAGGAAAAUGAAGACAUAGACCGUGCAAUUGCAUUGUCUCUUUUAGAAGAGAAUCAAGAACAGACAAAUACAGGCGGUGGGAAAUACGUGGAUGAAGAUGAGCAACUUGCUAGAGCCAUACAAGAAAGUAUGAUAGUCGGGAAUUCUCCGCGUCACAAAAUUGGAAGUACAUAUGAUAAUGGGAAUGCAUAUGGAACUGGAGAUUUGUAUGGUAAUGGACAUAUGUAUGGAGGAGGAAAUGUAUAUGCAAAUGGAGAUAUUUAUUAUCCAAGACCUAUUGCUUUUUCAAUGGAUUUCAGGGUUUGUGCUGGCUGCAAUAUGGAGAUUGGUCAUGGAAGAUUUCUGAAUUGCCUUAAUGCAUUGUGGCAUCCAGAAUGUUUUCGAUGUUAUGGUUGCAGUCAUCCGAUUUCUGAGUACGAGUUCUCAACAUCUGGUAACUACCCUUUCCACAAGGCUUGCUACAGGGAGAGAUAUCAUCCAAAAUGUGAUGUGUGCAGCCAUUUUAUUCCAACAAAUCAUGCUGGUCUUAUUGAAUAUAGGGCGCAUCCCUUUUGGGUCCAAAAGUACUGCCCUUCCCACGAACACGAUGCUACCCCAAGAUGUUGCAGUUGUGAAAGAAUGGAGCCAAGGAAUACGGCAUAUGUUGAACUUAACGAUGGACGGAAACUUUGCCUCGAGUGUUUGGACUCAGCGGUCAUGGACACCAGUCAAUGCCAACCUUUGUACUUACAAAUACAAGAAUUCUAUGAAGGACUUAUCAUGAAGGUAGAGCAGGAAGUUCCACUCCUCUUGGUUGAGAGGCAAGCACUUAACGAAGCCAGAGAAGGUGAAAAGAAUGGUCACUAUCACAUGCCAGAAACAAGAGGACUUUGCCUUUCAGAAGAACAAACUAUUAGUACUGUAAGAAAGCGAUCAAAGCAUGGCGCAGGAAAUUGGGCUGGGAAUAUGAUUACAGAGCCUUACAAGUUAACACGGCAAUGCGAAGUGACUGCCAUUCUCAUCUUAUUUGGGCUCCCUAGGUUACUCACUGGUUCGAUUCUAGCUCACGAGAUGAUGCACGCAUGGAUGCGGCUUAAAGGAUUCCGGACGCUGAGCCAAGACGUUGAAGAAGGUAUAUGUCAAGUGAUGGCUCAUAAGUGGUUAGAAGCCGAGUUAGCUGCUGGUUCAAGUAACAGCAAUGCCGCAUCAUCUUCAUCUUCUACUUCUAGAGGACUGAAGAAAGGACCCAGAUCUCAAUACGAGAGGAAGCUUGGUGAGUUUUUCAAGCACCAGAUCGAGUCUGAUGCUUCUCCGGUUUAUGGAGAUGGUUUCAGGGCUGGGCGGUUAGCGGUUCAGAAGUACGGUUUGCGAAAAACACUUGAGCAUAUACAGAUGACCGGGAGAUUCCCGGUUUAA